AUGAGAAUGGAGCUUUUAGUGCUUUUGUCUCUUCAAUGGAAGAUGAAUCCAGUAACCCCACUUGCAAUAUUCGAUUACACAAUGAGGAGGCUUGGUUUAAUCACUCAUCGGCUUCAUUCAGAGUUCAUGAACAGAUGCGAAAGAAUUGCUCUUGCCGUUGUCAAUGAUUCAAGGUCUCUGGUUUAUCUUCCAUCUGUAAUGGCUGUUGCUAUAAUGUUUCUUGUGUUUAAAGUGAUUGAUCCUGAUAACUCACUAGAUUAUCAAGAACGAGUCAAAGGUUUUCUUCAAAUUAAGGAGGGUGAGGGAAAGCAAAAACAUGUUGGCAGGACUGUGGAGUUUUUCAAAACAUCUAAUGAUAAAAAUCACUCUAGAGUGCAGUGGGUUUUCAGAGCCGAAGAUACGGUUAUGAAAAAAGCUAUUGAUAUUCUAGAUAAUAAGCGUUUAUUCGCCUCCACUUUAAUGAAUGACAACUUAUUAGAUUGUAUACUUUCCAAAGUCAAAAUGAUAGAAAAAGCUCCUGGGGUGCUCUUAUGUCUUAAUCAGUUAACCACGAACUUGAACCAUAUAGGAUGGAUGCGUUGCUACAAAAGUAAGCAUGAAGGUCAAAGUGGUCUUUUUAUGGGAUAUGUCAAACUAUCAGAGUUGAAUCCUGUCACUCAACCAAUUAAUCAAGUUACUAGAUGGCCAUUGUCAUUGUAAUAUGGCUGCAACUUUUAAUUGUAUAAGGUAGAGAAAAGUUUUUUUCAUGUCAAACUCUUGGAUUUCGGUAUAUGAAAUUUAUUCAUUUUUAUUUUGUUAUAACUAAUUAAUGGUCGUUUCUAUGUGUUACUAUAGAAUUUAACAUUAGAUUGCUAUCAAUUUGAUAAGAAAAUUCAUAACAACUUAUAUAAAUUAUGAAGCUAAAAGUUAUUUUUUA